ACGCGUGCGAUUCCGACGGUGGCAAAAUGAAACGCGUCAGACAGGACAAUCGUGGGAUGACAACAUUCUCGUACCCAUCAAGUAUGCUGGAACAGAGGCCGUCCAAGCGAAACUACUCUCGAAUUAAAGUCCAAAUCUGCAUUUACUGAUUGAAAAUAACGAAUUUCUAUGGAUAAAUCAAGCAUCCAGGAAGUUGUAGAUACUGUAACAAACUCAUCGACUGCAGAGUCGAAAAUAAACCGAUUCUGGUCGAGAAAAGAGAGACGGAAAUGGUUCUUGAUAUUACUCUAUGGAACAUGUUUGGUAUAUGCAACAAGAACUUCAGUGCCACUGCUGAUGCCUGCAAUCAGCAAAGAGAGACAUUGGUCCAAAACAGAUUCUGGUACAAUAUUAUCCAGUUUCUUCUGGGGUUAUACAUUGACCCAAGUGGCCAGUGGAUUUAUCAGCGAUCGCAUUGGGGGGCAAAAAGUGAUAUUCUUUGCCGCAAUCGGGUGGUCUCUCACUACAUUCUUCAUGCCUGAAAUUAUUUACACCUUCACAAAUAACGAUGCUUCGAUCAGGCUUGUGGCCUCAAUCCGCACCUUGAAUGGCGCCUUUCAAGGAAUGCAUUUUCCCAGCAUGAUAAGUCUGACAAGCCAGCGUUUACACGAGGCCGACAGAGCUUCAUUCUUCAGUCUCUUAACUUCGGGAUCAGCCUUAGGGACUCUUCUCACUGGAUCAUUGGGCUCGUACUUGUUGGACAAUUAUAAUUGGACCAAAGUCUUUCAAGUCUUAGGUGGUUUGGGUUUGCUGUGGACGGUCUUACUGAGCUACUAUUCAUUUUCACUAAUGCAAAGAGCGGCUCCGAACAAAUCCUUGACUGCCAACUCCUUGCCAUGGUUUCAACUUUUGUCUAAGCCACCAUUCUGGGCUUGUGUACUCGGUCAUGCCUGCCAGAAUAAUUGUUUCUUUGUGUUACUUUCGUGGAUGCCAACAUAUUUCCACGAUACAUUUCCCGAAGGAAAGGGAUGGGUCGUGAAUAUGGUCCCAUGGCUAUCUUUGCUGCCAUCCACUUUUCUUGGAAAGACGUUAUCGGAAAAAUUAAUUAAGACUGGCUACUCCGUUACCAUGACAAGGAAAAUUAUUGAAACUAUUUGCCUAAUGACACAAUCGAUUAAUCUUCUGAUUUUGGCUUUUGUAAGCAGUUUUCAAGGUGCCAUAUUUUGUCUAGCUCUGAUUAUCGGUGGUACAGGGUUCCAUAAUAAUGCUAUUGCUGUAAAUCCAUCUGACCUUGCACCGAGACAUUCUGGUAGUGUUUUUGGAUUGAUGAAUACCGUUGGCGCAAUACCUGGAUUUCUCGGAGUUUACAUGGCUGGUCAUAUACUGGAACUGACACACAGCUGGUCUAUGGUAUUUGUGAUUACGUCAAUGAUCAAUGUUCUGGGAUGUAUCACUUACUUAUCAUUUGGAUCCGGUAACGCUAUGAUUUAAUAAAGGAUUUUUUACCUACCUGAUAUGACCGCAAUCUUGCGAGAUUGAUGCUCCUCCUUGGCAAUGCGUUCAGCCUCUUCCAUCAACAGCGUGCCAAAACCCUGAUGCUGAAAUUUCGUUGGAUCCCUCGCGCUUACAGGGACUA